CGGGGCCUCGUCCCGGGCCGGCCAAUGGGCUGUGUGUGUGGCGGCGUCGCCAUGGCGACGGGGCUGUUCCCGGGGAGGCUGUGAUGGGUUGACAGGUGCGUGACAGUCGGAGCUCUCCGCAGGCAUGUACGGCAAAGGCAAGAGCAACAGCAGCGUCCCGUCCGACAGCCAGGCCCGGGAGAAGUUAGCACUGUACGUAUAUGAAUAUCUGCUCCAUGUAGGAGCACAGAAAUCAGCCCAGACGUUUUUAUCGGAGAUAAGAUGGGAAAAAAACAUCACUCUGGGGGAGCCCCCAGGAUUCUUGCACUCCUGGUGGUGUGUAUUUUGGGAUCUCUACUGUGCAGCUCCAGAAAGACGAGAAACAUGUGAACAUUCAAGUGAAGCAAAAGCCUUUCAUGACUAUAGUGCUGCAGCAGCUCCCAGUCCAGUGCUAGGAAACAUUCCCCCAGGAGAUGGCAUGCCAGUAGGUCCUGUACCACCGGGUUUUUUUCAGCCUUUCAUGUCUCCUCGGUACCCUGGAGGUCCAAGGCCACCUUUAAGAAUACCCAACCAGGCACUCGGAGGUGUCCCAGGAAGUCAGCCAUUAUUGCCUAGUGGGAUGGACCCAACACGGCAGCAAGGGCAUCCAAACAUGGGUGGACCUAUGCAGAGAAUGACUCCUCCAAGAGGAAUGGUUCCUUUAGGACCACAGUCUGACCCUUGGUUAUCAUUGCAGAACUAUGGAGGUGCAAUGAGACCCCCACUGAAUGCUUUAGGUGGCCCGGGGAUGCCUGGAAUGAACAUGGGCCCAGGGGGUGGUAGACCUUGGCCAAAUCCAACCAAUGCCAAUUCUAUACCUUAUUCUUCAGCAUCUCCUGGGAAUUAUGUAGGUCCUCCAGGAGGUGGAGGGCCACCAGGAACACCCAUCAUGCCUAGCCCAGCAGAUUCAACCAACUCUGGAGACAACAUGUACACUUUAAUGAAUGCAGUACCACCUGGACCCAACAGACCCAAUUUUCCAAUGGGGCCAGGGUCAGAUGGACCUAUGAGUGGACUGGGUGGAAUGGAUUCACAUCAUAUGAAUGGAUCAUUAGGCUCAGGAGACAUGGACAGUAUUUCCAAAAACUCUCCCAGUAAUAUGAGCAUGAGUAAUCAGCCUGGCACUCCCAGAGAUGACGGUGAGAUGGGUGGAAACUUCCUAAACCCUUUUCAGAGUGAGAGCUACUCCCCUAGCAUGACAAUGAGUGUGUGAUCCGUUAACAAGUCUCGUCCUGAAGACCACAGUGAGUUGGCCCUCUUCAGAGAGCUACUACAGAAGAAAAUUAUUCAUCCCAGUGUACAGUCUUAACAAAAGGAUCUCAGACACAAUCAGACCCACCAUUUUUUUUCCUACCAUCUCCCCUGUUUUUUUCAAGAAAGUGGGUCCCAAAUAUGAUUGAGACAACUGAGUGGCAUAACAGAACUGCCCAUGAUGGAACUGCAAUUAUCUGUGUAUGUACGUGCGUGGGUAAAUGUAUAUGUAUGUGUGUGUGGCACAGAAAUACGCACAUACAUAUAUAGCCCUGCAGGACACUGUAAAAUAUUAUCACAUGACAUCUUAAGUAGAAUGAAAAGUAGGGAUUUAUAUUCCAUCUUUUUUUUUUUUUUCCACGUUUACAUUCUAAUUAUUAAAAUUUGCUUGCCCUCUCCCCUCCUGAACUGUUUUACGUUGCAUAUAUCAUUGCUUUAUAAGUUAUUUUUUAAGGUGAACUCAUUUGAUAAAUUCUGAUUUUGUAAAUGUCUGCCAUUAUGGAUAGGAAUAAAAUUGCUUAUAAGAGCUUUCAUUAACUUGUGUUUGAUACCAGUUACAUACCCUGUGAAUCACGAACUGUGUUGUCUCAAGAAAUAGAAGAAAGCUCAUCUUAAUUUUUUGGAGGAAAUUUAAUAAUUUUCACCAUGUUUGGUGAUUUUUUUAAUACUUUGCCUUUAAAAAAAAAAAAAGAAAAAAAAAGAAAAAAAAAAAAAAAAGAAGCACUGAAGGUUAUUUUUCUUCUUUAAUUGAAGCCUAAUAUCUGCAAUAUCUAUUUUGAAAUGGAAGCCUGAAUUUGAUACAAGCUUCUCAGUAUAUAUAGAGUACUAUAAGGUUACUGUAUGUGAGCUCCAAUUGCUAUAGAAUCUAGCAAUAAAGUGUCAGGGCUUAUUCUGCCUUUGGGAAUGGAUUCUCUAUUUAGCACGAUCCUCUGUAGGGGUGGUAGCUGGUGGAAAUACAGUAGAGUCCUUAUUAACAAAACCUGUUGUAACAAUUUAUGUUUAUGUUUCCCCUUUUCAGUGAUUCUCAACCAAAUCAUAAUAAUCCAUGGUCUUGAUGACACAACCUCCCAAGCCCAGUGAGAAAUCAGGUCACUCUGGUACAUGAAUUCACCCCCCAAACCUUUCAGUAAGCAGCCAUUUUUGUGAAACAAAAUGAGGGAGUAAACUUUUUAUGACUACUGUGUCUUGUGAGGGUCUUACCUGUUGCCAUGGACAGGAGAGGAAUAAUGGUCUGGGGAGUUUUAUAAGGUCAACAUAUUAGAUGUGAAAGCUGGGAACAGAGUGGAGAAAAGGUGUGUGGUCUUUCAGGAGGAGUUUCUGGAAACAAUCCCACGUCUCUUUAGGCAGAGAUCUAAAACCAAGACUGAAGUAAAUUUAGUUCUUAGUGGCCUCCAGAUCUCCCAGGAAAGUGAAAGUUUUCAGUUGAGUAGUGGUCAAAACAUUGAUGAUCAGCAGUGUGAACACAAAGUGGCUGCACUAAAAUUUAUGCCACAGACAAAAAACAAAGUCCACUUCGGACUUUGCAAAUGGAAGAGCCGCUUAAUAGGAGGAGCACUUCUGGACAGACACUGUCCAUGCAGUCUUGUAAGGGGAUAUUUUGUCAUAAAUUUGUGGUGAAGAAUUGUAUGUAGUAUGCUCGUUGUGAUGGUAGAUGCACAUAAGGAGUAACAGAAUCUCAUAACUCAUUUUUAUUUUUAUAUAUGUUAUAUAUAUGUGAAAAUAAGAACAUAUACAUAUUUUAUUCUCUUCCUAGGGCUGUUAAGGAUGAAGCUCUUGGAGGCUUAAAAUUAUGUUAAAAUAUCAAAAGUUUUGGUAGCAUUAUUUUUUAGUGAUAAUAGCUACUUUGAUUAGCUAUAAUCUUGGAUUAGAUUGUCAUUAUGUAGUUUUGUGGACUUUAUUCCCAGUGAUUAUGAAGGUUGAAUUAACUUGCUUCUCUUUGGAAAAUAUUUUGUUGCUGUCUAAAGAGAUGCCAGGAGCCCCUGUAAUUUGCAUUAAAAAAAAAAAAAAAGCAUAAAGAAAAAUCAAUUUUCUGAGAUCCAUCAUGGUUGUCACUAAUAAGUUUCCCUGGUUAUGUCCACAGUACAGCUCAGCUUCUCCCAGAAGUAGUGCAAAGUGCAGGCAUCCUUGCAGCUUGUAUUUGUCGUCUGUAUUAUCCUUGUUGGUAGCCUUCCAAGAACUAUUCUAGGACUCUUUUCUGCCCAGUUUCAAGUACAUGAUAUCACUGUAGCUGGACUAAUGUAGAUGGAUAUAUCUGAACAUCACAUGCCAAAGCCCUUUCUUACAGCAGGUAAGUGUGCUCUUGAGUGAGCCUUUGACCUGAGUCCAUCUGGGGUCUGCUGGGUGCCUCAGAGGGAGCCCCUGCAAAGCAUCACUGAGAUUGUAAGGCAGUGAAUGUUGGCACCAGAGCUUCUUGCUCUAGCAUCAUUAAACAGAACUGUGGCUUUGUAUUAAUCCAAACUCCAUUUUUAAUUUCUCCUCCUGAAUUUGGCAUCAUCUUCAACAGUCUGGUUUAUUGGCACCUUUAAGGAUAGAAGUCUGACCAUUAAAUUAAAUCUAUGCAUAAAGCAGUACCCUUUAAAUGGAACUGCCUGCACAUAUUGAAUAUUAUUAUCAAAAUAUGUUGGCCUAAUGUAUAUACAUGAGCAUAACAUCCUUUCUGACAUAUCUUCUGUAGUUCUUUUGAACCUCCCUUCUAUGCAGGAUUUCUUAGUGCCAGCAAAUCAUUGUUUCCCCUUUACAUUUCAUUUCCAAGACGUUUAUAUCAAACAUUGUUGCAUCUAUCCUGCAGCACAAAUGUCAGCAUGUAUACUGCUGGUUCCAAAAGGAACAGAACUGAGCUGUGCUUCUCAUAAUGCGUAACUCUGUGCCCUCAUACUUCAAGUUACUAGGUAUGUCAGCACUUUCCAUAACUGUGCAGCCCCACAGAUUGGUGGGACAGAAGAUGGGCAAGCUUGCAGAAUUGUAGAUUUGGGACAUUGGACUGAAUAAUCAGUGAACAUCUUAUUUUUAAUCAGAUAUAAAGUAGCCUAAUCAUCUUGCUUUUUGUAAGGAAUGCUUGCCUUCUGUGCUUACAUACAUGAGUGAAGUUGUAAGUAACUCAUUGCUCAUUGCUAAAAUCAGGUGAUCACAACCAUUCUGGAACUGAACCUGUAGAAUACAACAGUACAUGCCAAAUGCUCGACUUAUAAAUUACAAACAUCCCAUUAUUUUUAAAAUUUGCAGGGAGAUUUUUACUUGGUCAUUUGUUUUCUUUCUUUUGCUUAUGAUCCUUGUAUGAUUUUCAUCAUAUAAGGGAGUUUUAAUAUGGAAAGAAAGAUUAUUUCCAAGCACUGACUGAAUACACCCACUUAUGUUUCUAAUGCACUAAAAUAUCAGUGCGUAACAUAACUGCUGUUUUUAUCUGUCCUUAUGCAACAGCGUUGUUGAUUAUGUCAGAACUUGUCCAGCUCUGGGAGAAAUACUUUUCUCACUGAUGCCAGGUAGUUUCUCCACGCUGUGUUUUUAGAUAGAUUUACUGCUUUCAUAUAAAAACAAAUAAUGAUUUAGCAGAUGGAUCUUUCAGGUGAGGUUAAAGUAAGGCUUUUUGUGGGGUAGGACUCGAUGAUCUCUAGAGGUCCCUUCCAACCCCUACAAUCCUGUGAUUGUGUGGUUUUUAAGAGCAAGUUAUGAAAUCUUAAAAGCAUAGAAAUAUGGGAAUAAUUUAUCAGAACUGCAGAAAUGGAGUCUCAUACCAUCAGAACUCUGGCAAAAAUUCUGCCACUGUGGAAUUCAGCUGUAGUUAGGGUUCAUUUGUGGAUUUCAUGGUGAAAUCGGUACUUUAUCUUCUGCAUAAACCCAUGAGUAGGAGCAUCCAUGCCUAGGUUUUAUCUCCAUAUCAGAGUCUUGCUUAGACAAGAAUGGGGUUUAAGGGAAGGAAGAAGCUGUAUGAAUCACUAGUAAAACAUGUAGCCUGAUGAAAACAAGUACCUUGUAUUUGCACGCAUGGGUUGCAUUAUUUUCUUAAUUGCCUGAGCACAAGGAAGAACUGCAGUUGCACCUGAUAUUUUGGGAGUUGGUACAUGCAAAAGACAGCAGUAACGGUGAGACAGGUCUCUGACACUCUGUAGGCUGCCCAAAUAUGUUCUAGCUUGCCUUGGGAUGUCUGGCAUCUGAAUGACAGGCAAGUCCUCCAGGAGUCUCCAGAAACCAGCCUACCCAUGUCUCAAGGAGAAUACUGACCAUUAGAAUGACUGGCUCACUCCACUCUUGAUUCUGCAGAGCACAGUACCGCAUGUCACAUCUCAUGUCCUCAGGAGGCAUUCAGCCCUUGCUCUCCCUGUAAAACACUAGGAGAGAGACAUAAGCUAAUCAGUUAUCUUAAAUAUUUGAAAAUAGGAAGAAGGGAGUAGAGCCUUGCCUCUGGAGAGCAGUUCAGAAUCAUUGUGUUUGGGCAGCUUCAUGGCUUGGCCAAAAAUAUUUUGAAUUUUGCCCUGUUCUCUGGCUAGCAAAUGAAAAACUUCAUUUCAAGAGGAUUCAGAAUUAGAUGGGCAGCAUAAUGAGAGACCAGCUGUUACAGUAUUCAGUGUUGAACAUUUUACUUUACUAGUUAAAGUGAAUUUUCAGUUGACAAAUGUUGCAGUGAUUUCUUCUUCUCAGAUCAAUUAUUUUUAGGUGUUUUCUCCUGUUCUUUGGCAUCUCUGAUCCAGUGUUGGUGGAGGCAAAAUCCAAAAUUGGACUGAAUCUCCUGAAUUUGACCACGUGUUUUUGCAUUUGCAGAACACAAAGGAGAGUUGAAAGAUAUUGAAAACAAAACAAAACAAACAAUCAAAGAAAACCUGGUAAUUUUUUUCUGAUUUAUUUCACAGUAAGUGAGGAUAGAACCACAGCUUCUGUCUCAAACGCUCUUGGGUUUGGUUAGACCUUCAGGAAGGGAAUCCUGGCAAAGCACAUCUGUUAAAUUUAAACCCCCCAAAACUGUUUCAGUGGGAACAGCUCAUUUUUCUUUAAACUGAUCACACUAAGGGUCUAAUUCAGGAUUUAAUGACACACAACAUCUAUAAAAAUUGAGUACACUCAAAUGUAAAUGACUUAGAUUUAGAUUUUAGUGUGUGCAGCUCCCUCUGCUUCCCAGACAUUAUUGGCUCCAUCCUAUAAGCUGCUGUUUGUGCCAGUUGUCCUGCUGGAACUUUGAUGAAACCACUCAGAUAGCAUCAUUUUUCUUGUAAGAUUUCACCCUGACCUUGGUGAAAUGGAGGAUUUGUCUGAGGUGUGACAUUAUUUUGCAGAUCUAUAUAUGGAGAAAAAUACAAAGAGUCUACUGAAAUUACCAAAAUGUUGUUUCAACAUGAAAAACAGAGGAAAAAAAAAUCCUUAGCUAAAUUACUGAUUUGAGUGCAUGCAUGCAAGUUGUUUGCCAGCACUGUCAUCUUGGAAACAAAUUACAGUAACAAAUUUAGGGAAGAUAAAUGGACUGUCUACUCAACAAUUGAAAUUCUGAUCCUGCAAACACAGGCACAUUUGUUUGAAAUAAAGCCUACACUGGCUUAAUUUUAAGCAGAUUUAACAAUACAAAUAAUAUCCUUCAGAAGAGUGAGACUGCUAAAAUGCAAAACCCAGGCUGAGUGUGGACAGUCUAGAAGUCUUCCCCAAGCCAACAUUUUAUCUCAUAUUACCGAUUUUACUGGUGCAUGAACACGUUCAUGUGCCAAUAGUACUGAUAUGUGGAACAGAUACGGCUUUCUUCUGUUUCUUAUUUUAUUUCUUAGAGCAUUGUCCACUGCUAUAUUACACGUUUUUGUGAACUUGUCCUUUCAUUUUGCUUUCAGUCAUGCAGCCAUAGUUUCCCUCAACAUAGCUAACAGCUUUGCAGUUUUAGUCUGAACUCCUCUUUGGUCACUGUUCUUCAUCUAAGCCUAAAAUAUGUAAGAAAGUCUCUCAUGUAAUGGGAAAACUUGCCAUAAAAAUGUGUAAGGGUUUUCUCGGGUACAUGUUUUCACAUUUAAUAAAGAGACAAUUUUCAGUUAUGAUUUGAAAUGGUCACUUUCUAGCCACUAUUUAAUAUCUAUGUGCAAAAGAAUGCAAGAAAACAAAUGACAUUUUUUUUUCUCUCUAUUUGAAUUCAGCAUUGUAAAUACUUACUGAAAUACAUGUUUUGGGGAAGCCAGACAAAACCAAAACUUACUUCCUAGCUGCUGUGAAUAAUACAGGCCUUCGUGCCUAAAUCUCCUUCCGUAUCCCUGAGAGCAGAUUGCCUCACAUCUGGUGCACGUGGCUCAGCAGGCCUGUGUGGGGCCUGGCUGUGGAGGUCUGGGCAAAUGGCCUUCAUAUCCAGCCUCACCUCCUCUCCAAGGGAGCUGCUGCACUGCAUCUGGCAGCUAGGCCUGUGGGAUCCUUGGGAUCUUGCAGGGCUGGAGCAAGAGGCCUGUUUUUUCUAAGAUAAAGUUAUGGGAUGUUGGUGCUAGUUUUUGGGAUCAGCACAGAACAUGUUUGGGUUUUUUAUUUGCAGGUUUUGUUUUGUUUUUUUGGGGGGGUGUUUUUGUUUGUUUUCUUUUUGAUAGGCACAUUCCCUCAGUACCUUGGGUGUGCUAGGAACUAGAUCAUACAGUUUAGAAGUCUGGUUUGUUUCAGAAAUACAUACAGCUCUUCAGGGUUGGAGGGAGUUAUAACAACACCCAUGGCCAAACCUAUGUAUGUCCCCUUGGAGUAAACAGUUUUGUGUGAACAGUUGUUAGUACAGAACUUUGCUCCAUACCUCAAGGAGCCAGCUCAUCCUCUAGAUGAACUGGAGAUUCGUAGGCUUUAUUUCUGUUGUUUUAUUGUCAUGCUUUCUUCCCUCUCAUUUGGGUUUUUCCAUUAAACGUACUCUGCCAGAUGUUCACACAAAAACAAGAACAAUUUGCCCAAUAAACACACAGAAAGUUGUUCACAUCCGUAACGAGAGUCCCACUAUAGAACAUUUAUUUCAUUACAGACACUGUGGCUGUGCAAGAUCCCGAGAGCUGUUGUUAAGUGUUCAGCAUUAGGAAAGUUAGCUUCUCUCAGGCUUAUUAUGCAUUAGACAAGAUGACUUCCAGCAAUGACAUAAAAUAGCCUGAGACAGAAGUUGAUAUUUGCUGUGCAGAAUAGAGGAAAAAUAAAAUCCAAACAGAGCCUACGUGAUUGAAGUCGGAGAUGAUUACUAAAGCUGUAAUUUCUAGAAAAAUUUGAAAAGUACAUUAGCUGGCAAUAAGCUUUCAUUUACAUUGACAUUAAAAGUUAAGGAAAAGAAUACAAGUUCCUAAAUGAAAUAAGACAGGGGAGGGGAGGAGAGGCAGGAGGACAGUGUGGGCUGGAACUUUCUACUGAGAAUCAAGUAACUUUUUCUAGGGCGAGGAGACAAAGGGAAGGCAUCCAAGGAACCUUUUUCACCCUGCAGUGGCUGUCUGAGAAGUGUGUACCAGCAUGCCCUAUAUGUUUAAUGACCAAUUGUGAAGCCUUUUUUUUUUUUUUUUUUUUUUUUUUUUUGUGGCAAGUAUCCCCUUCCAAGAAUGUUGUAGUGCAUCUAUUUUGUGCAUGUUUGCCUAAAAUGAACGAACAAAAAGCCAUGAACACAGCUUUUUAUGCCAGAUUCUUAUUUCCAUACAUGCAGCUGGAAAACACUUAUUUCUGGUGGGGAGAGGAGGAAGAUUUAAUUGCAUAUUUAUGGUAUUACUUAAAGCAUCGGUAAACUGUUGUCAACUUGGUUCACGUUGCACACAUAUUGUAUGUAGCCAACUGCUGGCAUUAUUACCUCAGCAAACCUUGGUCUGUAAACUCCUGUAGGUUCUGUGCCAGAAACCUUGUCGCUAUUGCUUAGUACUAUAAAUUCCUGCCCCGAAGCAAGAGGUGGCUUUGAUUGUGCAGCCGUGUGUACUGUGUACUACAAUAGUACCUGUUCUGUCAUCAAAACUUGCUGUUCACGUCUAGGUAAACCUUUGUUAAGCACGCUUAGUGGUUUCAGGACUUAUUUCAGACAGCAGGAUACAUAAGCUGCUAGCAGGAAUAUUAAAUCAAACACAACCUAAGAGAGUCUGGCCCAGUUUGCAGCCUGGAUGAGGGCCUGGGCCCAAGCACGGUUGGGCAACCAGCAUCUCGCAAUGCCAAGCUGGCUGUGUGUGCAAGCUGCUGCUGGGAAUCAGACCCUGUGGGCAACACACACCAGGAUCUCCCCUGGUGUAUCUGUGAUGGUGCCAGGACAGAAACCCAGAACUGUCAGUUUCAGCCAGGGUACAUUCUCAUUCAUGCUGUGUGUUCUUGUCACCAGCUAUCACUGGCAACGCAACCUGUGAAAGUUGAAGGGGAUUCCUAGUCAUUUAUUUUUUGUUUAAGUGACUAGGCUGACCUUUUGAGUAAAGACAGUCAUUGUGAAUUUGCACCUUCACCCAUUCACAUAAAACUGCUUAGUAUUGAAAAAAAAUGUUCCUCACACCUCCAGGACCAUCUAUAGAUUAAGUCCUUAUAUUUCUAAGUUCAAAAAAAUUUUAAGGUCAAAAAACAGAGAACAGGGCAUAAUCCCAGUUAAAGAGAAGUGCUUGCUGGCCGCAUAUAAACAACUAGGUAGAUGUGUUUUUGACAAAGAUUGACUUUUAAUAUCACAAGUGAAACUAACACUCAAACUCAAAUCUGUAGAAAUAAAGAGAACCUCAGAAAUUUUCCAAGUGAUCCAGAAUUAGUAAUUUGUCAAUCUAAAUAUUAAUGUAGAAAAUGCAUGCAGAACAGGAUGGCACACCUCUCACCUUAAGCAUUAAUACUGACUGUGUCUGGGGUCUCACAGAUGUUGUAUGUUUCAGUGCAGCUGUAUUUCUCCUCAGUGACUGCUUGACUUUCAUUAUUGACAGUCACAGAAAAGAGCUGAUCCCUGGCAUCCCAAAAGAGUUCAGAAGUAUGGCAAUACAAAAUUCCCUGUGCAUCAUAAAUAUGCAGAUGCCUGCAUGUUGCAUUAGGGCAAGUAAAAACUCCAGCUGCAAACUCCUCCAGGACUUGCAUGUGAUUUUUGAAGGCAGUCUCUUGGACCGUUUCAAAAGGGCAGCAGGCUGCGCCAAUGAGAGGUCCAACAAGCUGCUUGACAGUGGUACCUUUCCAAAUGUAAACCAUGGUCAUGGUUUAGGGAGAUAAAGGUUAAGGUUAAGAGGUUAAGGUCAUGCUUUAGGGGAUCAUAACUAGUCCAGUGGCAGCCUUUAGAAGCAGUUAUACCACACAUGCAUCUUAAUUUGAAGUUUAUUGAAUGUGUCAGAAAACAGACAUGCACCUAAAGGCCUCCUUUCUUUAAAAGUAGUUUUUGAACAAAAUAUCCAGCUGUUUUCCACAGCUGUUAAGCUGCUGAGAGGUUUGGUGGAGUUAGUUCUGUUGUACCAAGAGACAACAACCUGUGCCUGUGCGCAGAGAGCCUCCCCACAGGAGGUGUGACUGGCAGCCAGGCUGGCACAUCUUUGGGAAUCCCUGGUGUCCCAGGAAGCCUGUCUAAGGAUCAAACAUGGGAAACGAGAUCAUGAAUCUAGGUUCAUUGCUUUAUUUUUAAAGAGUUCCUGGCAAGAUCGGGGAUAUGCAAAAUGCAUGGUCCCUUAUCACAAAGGCAUAUCUGGGUUGGAACCUCAGACAGUGCUCUGGCAGACUGGUGUUUGGUGAUGGUAAUUUCAUACCACCACACCAGACUUGGUUUUGUUCCACACUGGUCUGAUUCAACUGACCCUAACCUUAGCCACCUAAAAAUUACCAGUCUUAAGUUUCUGCUUUAAUGUCACAGGAAGGGAAGAAGCAGAGGUGCCUGUGCAUAACUGUAUGAUGGCAUCCAUCGCCCUCCCAGUGAUAAAUCCCAAUUGCUUUUCAGAGCAUACAGUUGGGUUUAAUACUUAGCUUCACAUCCCUGGAAUGGGCUGAAAUGGAAAAGAAUAACACAGCUCCUGAGAAUCUGAAUCCAUGUGGCUUCCAGAUAAGUUUAUGAAUCCUUCAGUCUCAAAUGUGAUUUCUGCCUCGUAGUUUGCUAUUGUCUCCUUCUGUACUUCUUUUUUUUUUUUUUUUUUUUUUUUUUUUUUAAAUAUAUAUAUAUAUAUGCGUAUAUAUAAGUAGGGGUAACUUGAAUUAACUUGUUAAACAUUUCUGGAAGGUUUAUCCCUGCCCUCCCUUAUUUGUUAAAUGGGCUCUCUCAUUCUUUGUCUGCACUGAUUCAUUCAUUUAAAGCAACAUAUGAAGAAACCAUUGCAUAGAUGAAUCAACACCAGCAAUAGCAUAUGCUGCUUUUAAAUUCAGCUGUGAGGUUGUAACUAAGAUAUUAAUGUAUAUACUUUCUAGGGAUGACUAGAUUCCUUUCCUAAGAGCUUUCAGGAAUGAAUCUAGAAGCUCCUAAUUUAGGAUUGUGAAAAUUCAGGUAGUAAUGGCAGUAUAUGGGGAUUUUUUGUACGCUUUCUGUAAAUGUAUAUAAUUUCAUAUGCUGGUUUGGAGAUAAGGAAGGUACCCAGUUUCAGAUAGACCAGAUUUUUGCAGACAGCAUUACUGUCUGUGUUAGCAAAGCCCAUCUAGGUUCCACCUCAGGCUUGCACCAUACACCUACCUUAAUUCUCACCCAGCUUGGUAUCUGUCUUUCUUCAUUCACCGUGGGUACCAAGUCAAAACAACCAUGCCACUUCUUGUUGCAAGCUGAGGAACAGCUGAGGUUUAAAAAUAUGAAUGUUGCAACUUGCGCCUUUUCACCUUCAUGAAGUGUCCACAUUGUCUCAGCUGAGCCUCCAAAGAGCGGCUGCCUCCAAAGUUGCCAUAUAAUUUCAUCACACAAACAUAGGCUUAAUUUGCUUUUUGCAUUUUAAUGAGUCUAAUAGCAGCAGUAUUGUUAUGUUUGCUAUAUUUUCAGAGUUGUGGGACAUUCGGUGUUGAAAAUGAUUAGCAUCUUGUGUAGCUAUGAAUAGAAAAACUGAGGAAUGCUAAUGCUAGUACAAUCCCUGCUCUGCUGUUUGAUAUUUUAUGUGCUGAAUUGAAUCAAUAUAUUAUCUUCGAGAAUUACCCUAGACUCAUCCCUCCAUGAUUUUUUCUGUUCCUGCUUCUGGGUCCUUAGUGAAUUCUGGGCCGAGAGUAAAGCAGUGUCAGUGGCAAAGGUAACUGUGGUAGCCACUUACUUGUGGACAGCUUUUCAGAUGCAUACAGCCAUUCUGUCUGUUGCCCAAUAUUCUUGCAUUCUUCUCGGUGGAACACCAUAUUCUCGAACAUCCCGAUGGGUUUUGUCAGCCAUGGAGGAGAUGUGGACAAGAUUAGCACCCGGGAAGUGUUGAAAUGUAGCAAGUAAUGAGCUAUCUUCUCCAGCAAGCAUUUAUUUUUAGUGCUUAACUUUCAAUUAAUGUUUAUAUUUUCAGUUAUAUUUUAUCAUUCAGUAUCUUGAGGUGGUUUGAGCAAAAUAUAUGAAUAUAUAUAAUUUACAAGAAAUAUAGGCUUGUAUUGUGCCUUUGUAAUUCUCUUCAGCUUCAGUAUCUAUAAGCUACGAGCGGACAAACCUUUGGGGUAUUCUUUACUACAUAGUAGCUGAUGGCUUCAUUAAUACUGGCUAUUUGAGUCUUCUGGGUCUAAUGUUUAUGUUUUCCCAGGUGAAAACGCCAUAGUGUUCUCCACCAGACAUAAGCACAAUGACAUAUCACUGCAGUGCAUGCUGUCUCUUAGCUUCUCUCUACAUGUGCUUGCAUGUUGAAAAUUUAGAAAUGCUGCUGUAUAAAUUGCUACCUUGUUUACCCAAUACAGGUGUUUUCCUGCAUCCCUUGUUUGCUUGAAACUUAUUAACAUGAAAGUUAUCAUUGGCUUGAAAGGGAGUUGUGGAUGCACAGAGGAUGCAGGGAGCAACUCUUCAGUACUUUACAGGCUGCUGUGCAUUAAUGUCUUCUCAGCAAAGAAAUGUAGCAUUAGCAGUGACUUCCUAGUGAAAACACUGAGCGUGCUUAUCACUUAAGACUUUAGGAAAAAAGCGUCAGACUGUGUAAUUGUAUCUCAUCUAACUUAGACACCUAACCAGUAACAUUUGAUGGGGCGUGAGCCUCGCAUUUAACUAUGUUUGAUCAUGACGUACCAACCAACCAACGCAGAACUGAAAGGUGAACAGCCAUGUUUUAGUAUCACAGCUACACAAGAAAUCACGAGUUUUCACGAGGUUCUGUUCUGAUUUUGUUUCCUUAUCUCUAAAGCAUUUUCACUGUGGAAGUAUUUUUCCAUCCAGUUACCUGAGGCUUCCUUUCACCAACCAAAACAGUCCAUAGCCUUCUACACUGUGAAAGGCAAGCUCUGUGGAGAAACAUGGGCUUUACGCUUGCCCAGCAAAUUCGAAGAAAUAUCAUCCAAGCCAUAAAAGCCUUUUAUGUUAUUCUGUGUUUGUGUAAUCAAAGCAAUUAGGGAUAGGAACCUCGGUAAUGAAGAGGUCUCUCUGUCCUCCGUUUUACUCUCUCUCUGUAAUUUGUAGGGAUUUAAGAGUUUUUUUUCUCAAGGCUCAGCUGUGUCUCUCUAAACCAGCGCAGUCUACGCAUCAUGUGAGAUUCAACUUAAUGGGGAUAGCAUUUGAACGUUUUAAGAUUUACUUUUCACAUAGCAAGGAGUAAUGUAUGUCCUGAGGGACAUGGACUCUUGCAAACAAGUCUGAUACCAAGGAUAAAAAAAUAAAUCAAGAUGGUACCAGUACAUCAGACUCUGUACUACAGUGGGUUUUUUAGCUUUUGUCAUUUGUAUUUUAUUUUGCAGGAGAGGAGUUGGGGAAUCUCAGAUCACAUGGGGGAUUUUAGAAGUAUAUCACUCAACAAUCAUUUUAUAAAGUCUAACUUCAAAAUGCACUAUGAUUUAUUACAAAAAUAUAUUUUCUUCUGUUUGCCGACAUGGUUGUUCCACUUUGUGAUAAGUUAAACUAAGCAGUUAAUUUGUUGCACUGCCUAGCUGCAUGAAUUCAUCCAGUGUACGUAUGUACCUGUGCAGCAUUACUUUGGGUUUUGUAUUUGAAUUUGCAGUAUUGAUUAUUAUUUUUGUAUUUUACUUUGCCUCUGUUAUUGGAAUUGUAGUAAACAUAAUUUAUACAUAUGAUUUUACAACUGUUUUGCAACUGAAAAGUCUUCUUUAAAUUGUAAAGUUUUAUUGAUGGAUACUCAUUAAAAUGGUAUAAGAAUUAUA